AUGGCUUCCAACUCCGACCUGCCACUGACAGAGGAUGACGGCGGACCGCGCGCACCCGACCCGCCCAGCUCCCGUGGGAGCUUGCAGAGUGCUGAAGGGCUCAAGCUGGAAGGCAACGAGCAUUUCCGCGGGAAGCGCUGGGACGAAGCCCUCGCCGCCUACAGAUCUGCCCUUGGAUAUCUACCUCGAAGACCUGAAGCGAUUCCUCCUGAAGCUAGCGACAGCCGGGGUGUGGAUGAUGACGAUCUGCCUGGACCAUCAGAUGGUGCCGUGCCACUGGGUGACCAACCGAAUUGUCCAACAUCUGCGCCUCCAGCGGAAAUCGAGGUAGAAUCCGCAAAGGCGAGAGCUGUGCUCAACGCAAAUAUCGCUGCGUGCUUCGUCAAGCUCGACGACCCAAAGGAGGUUGUAGUUGCGUGUACCGAAGCUCUCAAAGAUGAUCCCAAUUAUGUCAAGGCGCUGCAACGCAGGGCUACGGCGAAUGAGCAGAUCGAUACGUGGUCUUCGCUAUCUUCCGCUCAAGAAGAUUACAAGCAACUGCUGGAGCUAUUGCCUUCAUCGUCAUCGGACGCGGUCGCUAUUCGCCGGACAAUGAUCAGUCUCACACCACGCGUAGAAGCUGCCCAGAAGCGCGAAACGGCAGAGAUGUUGGGCAAGUUGAAAGGGAUCGGCAAUAGCAUUCUAGGUAAUUUCGGUCUGUCCACUGACAACUUCCAGUUCGUGCCCAACGGUCAAGGCGGGUAUUCAAUGAACUUCGUUCAACAACCAUGA